AACGGCGUCCGAGUCGCUCGACGCUCGACUCUCGGCCUGCGUUCGUCGUCCAUCAUGCUCUCCAGAACGCCCCAAAAAGCCCGCCUACUGUUGCGUCGCCAGUCGGGCAUAUUCUCCUCUGCCCGACUCGCGCAACCACGAUACCCCCGCCUCCUCUCCACGACUCCAAACGCUUCCCUACCUCCCCCACCUCCCCCACCUCUCCCUCCGCACCGCCCUGUACUCGGCCGCUUGCGCACUUUUGCCAAAUUUACCGUGUAUCUCGCUGCCUCCUCUGCCCUGGGUGUUGUCGUCCUCACUGGCUGCAUAUUCGUCCACGAUGCCUUCACGUAUACCGAGCGCCAUGUCGACCGCGUCCCCGUUUCCCCGCUCGCGCUCCACCCAGAGCGCGGUGGCCCUAAAAAGCUCCCUGUUGCGAGUGCGUUUGUCGGAGAUAUGGAGGACGAGGACGCGAACGCACUCAGUGGAAAGCCCAGAUUAGUCGUGGUGGGCGGUGGAUGGGGGGCAAUAAGUGUCCUUCAGACGCUCAAUCCAGGAGAUUACCAUGUCGUCGUCGUCUCUCCCGACACGUUCACCACAUUCACGCCCCUCCUCCCUUCCGCUGCCGUCGGCACCGUCUCCGUCCGCUCGCUCAUCGAGUCAAUUCGCAAGAUUAUCGCCCGCCUCCAUGGUCACCUCGUCCACGCUCGUGCCGUCGACGUCGUCCUCUCUGAGCGCCUUCUCGAGAUAGAGACGAUAGGCCCCGCCGGUGUUGCCAAGAACAUGUACAUUCCGUAUGACAAGUUGGUCAUUGCCGCCGGGUCCGUGUCCAGCACGCACGGUGUCCCCGGACUGGAGCACUGUUUCCAGCUCAAAACCGUCUCCGAUGCGCAGGCAAUCCGGCGUCGCGUCCUCGACAACUUUGAAGCUGCCUCUUUACCCACGACGACGCCCGAGGAGCGCAAGCGCCUUCUCAGUUUCGUCAUCUGUGGCGGUGGGCCGACGGGCGUGGAGACCGCUGCCGAAAUAUACGACUUAUGCCAAGAGGAUAUCAUCAACUACUACCCCAAAUUGUGCCGCGAGGAGGUUUCGAUCCACGUUAUACAGUCGCGUGAGCAUAUCUUGAAUACCUAUUCUGAGGCGAUUUCGCGCUAUGCGGAGAAGAAGUUCCAGCGGGACAACGUCGACCUGAUCACGUCCGCUCGUGUUGCAGAGGUGCACCCAACGCACGUCGUGUACAGCGUGCGCGACCCGUCGACAGGCGAAGUCGUGAAACACGAGAUUCCUUCGAACUUCGUACUCUGGAGCACGGGCAUUGCGAUGAACCCAUUCACGGCGCGGGUAUCGAGUCUGCUCCCGAACCAGGUGCACAAGAAGGCGAUUGAAGUGGACGCACACCUGCGCGUCAAGGGUGCGCCGCUCGGAGAGGUAUAUGCGAUCGGCGACUGUGCAACGAUCGAGACGUCCGUCGUGUCGCACUUGCUGGAGCUCGUUGCUGAAGCGGACAGAGACAAGAACGGGAAGAUAGAUUUUGAUGAGUGGCAGAUCAUGGUGAAACGCAUUAAGCAGGUAAUUCCGAUGGCGGGCGACCAGCUCGAGAAGGUCCGGCAGCUGUUUGAUCUGUACGACUCGGACGGAGAUAACAGCCUCACGUUGAACGAGCUUGCGGUGCUGCUACAAGAGCUCGGAAAUAAGAUUACGGCUCUGCCUGCUACCGCGCAGGUCGCAUCGCAGCAGGGCAAGUACCUCGGUAAGAAGCUGCGCGCGCUGGCCAACGCGCCUGGCGCCGAGGGUGCGAAAGUGCAGGACGAAGCCGUCGCACGGCCGUUCCGGUACAUGCACCUCGGCACGCUCGCAUACAUCGGGAAUGCGGCGGUGUUCGACCUUGGCGGGGUGAGCUUCAUGGGAGGGUUGGCGGCAAUGUACGCGUGGCGGAGCGUGUAUUGGAAUGAGAUGGUGAGCGCGCGGACGAGGGCGCUGUUGAUGAUUGAUUGGAUCAUUAGAGGCGUUUGGGGGCGGGAUUUGUCCAGGCUGUGAACGCUUGAUACCGGACUGGAUUUUGGACGAACGCUAGAUAUUGCCCGCUCAGAGCUAGACGCAGAACAAACCCUGCUGGGGCUAUUUACUAACAGCCUAUUCUGACUAUGUGCCCCACCCUCAAACUAUUUGCAUGGAUUGCUUGUCGAAUCUUCGUAGAUCGGUUUUGGAUAAUGUACUGUCAUUGGACUCGGAAUACGUAGAGACCGUCGUGCGC